CUAAUGGGAUCCCGUAAUUCCAUAAUUUUAACCCUGACUUUUAGGUUAUGUUUUGGCUAAAUUCGGCUAAAUUAAACGUAGUUGUUACCAUAAUUUAAUACUCGUUGAAGUGAUAUUGUUAUUAAAAUGACAGAACAGUCAGCAGAGGAAGAAAUGCAGUUUGACUGGAUCAAACUGCAAAACGAAGUCCACUUUGUCCAGGAAACCCAAAAGGAAAAGCUCAUUCGUAAAGUUUCUGAAAAUCCGUUGAUACCAAUAGGAUGUUUGGCAACCACUGGCGCCUUGUGCUAUGGUUUAUGGAGUUUCAGAACGGGUAACAGAAAGAUGUCUCAAUACAUGAUGAGGACUAGAAUUGCGGCUCAGGGCUUUACUGUGGUUGCCUUAGUUAUUGGAAUAGGAUUAGGAGCCUCGAAGGCGAAAUAGAUACCAGCAUUAAACAAAUUGCGUGCAGUAAAGACUGUAAAUAUUUUAGAAUUUCCGUAGAUUAUAGGGUCUAUUAAAUCAGUUCUUUGACAA